UUGUUUUCUGUUCUCAUGGUUCUAGAGUUCAUCCCGGUUCUAACACUUGUAGCUACCGGUGAACCACAAGUCCCAUGUUACUUCUUAUUUGGUGACUCGUUGGUUGACAGCGGCAAUAACAAUGGACUCAAAACAGCAGCUAAAGCCAACUACACACCUUACGGGAUUGAUUUUCCCCAAGGUGUUAGCGGUAGAUUCACAAAUGGUCGCACAUAUGCAGACAUCAUUGGUCAAUUUCUUGGUUUUCCAAACUUCAUUCCACCUUAUGCCACCAUAACUGAUAAAGAUAUUAGCACAGGAGUAAACUAUGGCAGUGCUAGUGCUGGUAUUCGAGACGAAUCUGGAAGUCAUAUGGGUGAUCGGUUCAGCUUCAGUAGGCAACUACUUAAUCACGAAGAUAUAACUUCACGCCUUUCACUCGUGCAAAGGAACAAAACAUUUACCAAUGAUUACUUAAAGAAAUGUAUUUACAUAGUAAAUAUCGGAACCAACGAUUACAUCAACAACUACUUGAUGCCGAACAAUUACCCCACGAGCCAAGUAUAUACCAUCGAUCAAUAUGCGGAAGUGCUCAUACAACAAUACUCUCAACAACUAAUGACUUUAUACGGAUUAGGAGCUAGGAAGAUCGCCGUGUUCGGUUUGGCUCAGAUAGGGUGUACCCCAACUGAGAUAGCAAGGUUUGACACUAAAGGAAAACCAUGCGUUGAGUCGAUCAAUGAUGCGGUUAAACGAUUUAAUGACAGGCUUAAGCCUCUUAUUGACGGGCUCAACAACGACAACUCUGAAGCAAGAUUCACUUUCAUCAACUUUACAAGCAUUGUCCCACUACAAGUUACAGCAAUACUGCCAAUUAUAAAUGUUCCUUGUUGUCAAGUAAGGGAAGACGGAUACUGCAUUCCAAACUCAGUACCUUGCCUAGUUCGGGCUUUAUCUGUUUUCUAUGAUGGUCUUCAUCCCUCAGAUACUGCAAAUAUAGCCAUUGCAACAAGAUCAUACAAGGCACUCUCUCCCAUGGAUGCAUCUCCAUACGAUAUAAGUCAUUUGGCUCGACUUUAACAUCAAAUCCAACAAAAUUACCCGAUAAAAUUGGUUUGUAAUCCUAUAUAUGCACGACUAAUAAGCAAUAAUGAUGACAUGAUGUCAUAUCUU